AUGCAAGCUCAAAUGGAAAACAUCCACAUCGGACCAUUCCCCUACCUGGCUGAUUUCGGAGAUAGCCAAGCGCAAGGAUGGGAAGAUGCCACUGCUGAGGUAGCAGCUUCACGACACUAUGCUAUUAUGACGGGUACCUACGAGUUCAUGCCUGCGGUUGGGUUUGCGGCGGCAUUCGAACCAUCAGGAAAUAUGAUCGCGCACAUUAAAGCCAGUCUCUUGUUCGAAAAGCACCCUAUGGUCUAUGAUAGUGUCAACACGACCAAUGUCAACACUUCUCAGAUAUAUGACAUUGAUGGCCAAAUGGCCAAAUGUCGUGGGGCGUCUUGCAGCAGAUUGUGGGUGGGUAUCUGGACUACAUUCCUAGAGUGGAGGGCUCACUGGUCGGUCCCCCACAAGUAG